CGUGGCUCCCAGAUCGAACAGAAGGAGCCGCCACCUUCUGGAUCGAAGUUGCCACCACCUGGACUCGCUGCCGCCGCCGCCGGCGACUCCUGGAUUCGACGGCGACUCCUCCAUCCAGCACCAGCAGCAGCAGUCUCUCCUCGCCUCCUCGGCUCCUCGCAGCUAACCAAAGAUGAAGAUGAAUGGUGACAUUCAGUCCUUUUUUCGGAAUUAUGAGGCUGCUAAAAGAAAGAGGGUUGCAGCCGAAGAGCAACCUGAAGAUACAGUGUCAAAUAUUGAAGAUGAAGCAGUCCAUAAUCCACCUCCAGUCCAUUCUGCAGAGAUUGAAUUUGAUAUUGAAGAUGAAGCAGUCCAUUCCGAUGCAGAGACUGAAAGUGAUUGUGAAGAUGAAGCAGUCCAUUCUCCGUGUGCAAGGCCAUAUAAUAUUCAAAGGCUUCCUCCUGAUCCAGGGGAGAGGAUUCCUAUUUCAGAGUUUGAUGAGGUUAAUACGGAGUUGCUUAUUUGCAUGUCGGCUUUGAAUCCCCUCAAUUCAUUUGCUUCUUAUGAUGCACUUAAGGUAAUGAGACUUGCUGAAUUCUAUCCCAUGGACAUUUCAAGCACAGAUUUGAUAAGGCUAGAAUUUCAACUUACUAAUUUUAUUGAUGAUAUGAGACAAGAUGAUAGGUUUAGAAAUGCAAGUAAUAUUGGUGAGCUCUCUAUUAUGCUUGUUGCAACAAAGAAGUAUGUUCUUUAUGACUUGGUCUACUUACUCAUCAAAUUGAUAUUGAUUUUACCGGUGGCGACGACAAGUGUUGAAAGAGUAUUUUCAGCAAUGAAUCUAGUGAAAAAUAAGUUGAGGACUACUAUGGGUGAUGAUCGCUUGAAUGAUUGCUUGGUGACAUUUAUUGAAUGGGAUGUGUUCAUGGAAGUAAGCGAAGAUGACAUAGUUGAUGCUUUCAUGGCAAUGCAAAAACGUAGAGUUACCUAGUGAUGUAGCAACUAGCAAGUGGCAUGGCAUCUGGGAGCGCCACAGCUGGUAGCCAAUCGUCCGUGGGUGAGAGUGAAGGCCGUCUUGGUCCUGGUGCUGUAGAUCCAAGGUAUCCUCUGUGGGCUUAUGUGCAGAAGCUUGUACCAGAAGAAGCAAAUGGUGAUGGUGCAGCUGUUGCCUCUGGUAGCCGUGGAGGAAACGCCAAGUUCCGCUGCAAUUUCUGCAAGAAAAUUUACCCAGGCAGCUAUUCAAGAGUGAAGCCUCAUCUUCUUCAGAUAACAAAGAAAGAUGUAGCUACAUGUGACAAAAUACCACAUGCUGCCUUUGAGCAACUUUGCAAGGAAGAUAGAGCAGCUGCUCAACUCCUUCAAAAUGGUCCAACCAGGCAUACAAUUCCUUUACCCCCCCCCCCCUAUGAUGCAUCUGCUCCAACAAGAAAGCGAAAGCAAACAGCUAUUGCAGAGAGUUUUAAUGCUGAAGUCCGGCAACAAGCUGAUGCUCAUAUUGCUAGGAUGUUUUACACUGCAGGGCUUCCAUUCAAUCUUGCAAGGAACCCUGACUUUAGGGCAGCCAUGACCUUCAUUGCAAACAACAACUUGGGUGGGUGAGGGAGUCCUGGACUAGGGGGUGUCCGGACAGCCGGACUAUCAUCGUCGGCCGGACUCCAAGAUUAUGAAGAUACAAGAUUGAAGACUUCGUCCCGUGUUCGGAUGGGACUUUCCUUGGCGUGGAAGGCAAUCUUGGCGAUACGGAUAUGUAGAUCUCCUACCAUUGUAACCGACUCUGUGUAACCCUAGCCCUCUCCGGUGUCUAUAUAAACCGG